AUGGCUAAACAGCACGAAUAUCUAAAGGGUCUACCUAUAAAAGAUUACCAGAACGCGCACCCGACAGUUUUAUUAGGUCUAAAUCAUAGCCAUUUAUUAGUUGCGAUGGAUAAGAAAACUGGAAAUGAAAAUGAACCGAUCGCAAUCAGAACCAAACUUGGAUGGAUGAUCUUUGGAAAUAUCUCGACCUCAGUGGAAUAUGAGCACGUAAUGAUGCACGACGAAGAAGAAGAAGAUUUAAACGCGAUGAUGCGGAGAUUUGAGUCAUCGGAGAAUUUUGGUGUAAAGGUAGUAGAAAAUCUACCUAGGCCCGCCGACGACAUUAGGGCGGAAAAAAUCUUUAAGGAUACUUUAAAAUAUGAGAAUGGCAGUUACGAAGUUGGCUUGCUAUGGAAGGACGACGAAGUUAAAUUUCCGAACAACUAUGGCCAGGCACUUAGAAGGCUUCAAUACCUGGAGCGAAAAAUGUCAAUUGAUAAAGGACUAAAAAAGUGGGCGAUCGAAACAUUUAAAGAGUACGAGAAAAAGGGAUAUAUCCGCAAACUCGAAAUAGCGGAACUAUCAGAAAACUACCCCAAAUUAAAUUAUAUACCUCACUUCAUCGUAUUAAACAAGAAUAAGGUUCCACCGAAGCCAAGGCUGGUGUUUGAUGCCGCGGCUAAGUAUGAGGGAAUAUCGUUAAACUCGAAAUUGCUAUCCGGUCCAGACACUCUUACCUCGUUGUUUGGAAUUCUCCUGCGUUUUAGAGAGGGAAAAUUCGCCGUCUGCGGGGACAUUAAGGAAAUGUUCCAUCAAGUGAAAAUCAGGAAGGAAGAUCAACAUGCCCAGAGAUUUCUAUGGAGGAACUGUAAUUCAUCUGAACCACCGGACCAAUACGUAAUGCAGGUGAUGACGUUUGGGGCGACCUGUUCGCCAUACUGCGCUCAAGCAGUUAAAAAUCAUAAUGCGGAAAGAUACGAAACGGAGUAUCCGGAGGCUACAAAUGCUAUUAUAAAACAGCAUUACGUCGACGAUUACGUCGACAGCUUUUGGGACCUUGAUAGCGCAAAGGAAUUAACUAGAACCGUGAUAAGAAUUCAUCAAACCGGCGGAUUCCACAUCAGAAAUUUCACGUCGAAUAGUACCGAGCUAUUAAAAGGAAUACCAACCACUCGACGGGCACCCCUUCUAAUAAAGCCUUUCGAAGACAAAGACUCGCGUAUAGAAAAAGUGUUAGGCGUAUAUUGGGACACUGCAAACGAUACCCUAAGUUACCGAAUAAACUACGAUGAUAAAGGAAUCGGAAUGUUUAACGCAACUAAGGCGCCCACAAAAAGACAAGUGCUGUCACUUAUUAUGAGCAUUUACGAUCCGCUUGGUUUAAUAUCCAAUCUGAUAGUCCACGGGAAAACGUUAUUACAGGAGUUACACAAAUUUUCUAAAGAAUGGGAUACCGCCGUUCCGGACGAGUUAUGCGGACAAUGGUUAAGUUUUUUGGAUAAACUAAAACAAGCGGAAAAUUUGUCUAUUCCUAGAUGCAUACUAGUGGAAUACGGUCCAAUACAACUCCAUGCGUUUGUUGAUAGCUCUGAAAAGGCGCUAGCGGCCUGUGUAUACGCUAGAAGUGAAUCAAGAUAUGGAAUUCACAUUCAAUUAAUAACGGCAAAAACGAGAGUUGCCCCAAUUAAGCCAAUUUCGAUACCACGGUUAGAACUACAAGCAGCGGUCAUGGGUACAAGAUUAAUUGAAACCGUCAAAAGGGAAUUACGAUUGCAAAUCCAAUCUAUAACACUAUGGUCGGAUUCCCAAACUGUAUUGGCUUGGAUAAAAAAUACUAACAAGAGAUAUACACCAUACAUAAACGUUAGAGUUGGUGAAAUACUAGAUACCACUGCUAAAGAUCAAUGGCGCUGGGUACCAUCUGAAGAAAAUCCAGCCGACGAGGCUACAAAGGAAAACGUCGGAAAAUCGAAAUGGUACACGGGACCAAGAUUUCUUAAACAAGCAUCUGACACUUGGCCAUUAUCGAGAGCACGACACCUAACAUGUGAGGAAGAAAUUUUGUUCCAUGGAGAAUGCGAUAUCAUCGACGAAAACGAUUUUUCCGAUUGGUGGAGAUUAUUGAAGCGGUAUCGAUUCAUCUUAAAAUUUGUGAAUCAAACAAGGGAAAAAAGAUCAAAUUUCACCGUUGCGGAUCGAAGGUACAUCGAGAAUAUUUUAUACAGAAAGGCGCAGUGGCAAGCCUUUCCUGUUGAAAUGGAAGUUUUAACCAACGGCAACAGUGUGACGCGUCCCAGCAAUUUAGUAAAGUUAAAUCCAUUUUUGGAUCAAUUUGGAGUAAUGCGCUCAAACGGACGUCUCGCAAGAGCACUAGGGCUCCCAGAACAACUUCGAUUGCCGAUCAUACUUCCACAGAAGCAUCAUGUUACGAGAUUGAUUAUAAGGGAUGCUCAUGAGCGAAAAUGGCAUCAGGGUAACGACACAGUCAUCGGAGCACUACAACAGAAAUAUUGGAUACUGAAUGUAAGAGCUGCAGUUAAGAACGUAAAAAAAUGUUGCCAAUGGCGUAUACUGGCGUAUGCUAAACCAGUUAAUCCAAUGAUGGCCGCCUUACCCGAUUGUCGGACUACCCCAAAUGUAUAUCCGUUUACAAAUACUGGAGUCGAUUAUUUUGGACCUUUCGAGGUUAUGGUGCACAGAUCAAUGGAAAAGAGAUGGGGAGUAAUUUUUACUUGUCUAUCAACGAGAGCGGUGCAUAUCGAAAUGGCGGAAAAACUAAAUACGGAUUCUUUCUUAGUAUACCUCACUAACUUCCAAAGUAUUCGAGGCAGAGUCAACCAUCUCUUUAGCGAUAACGGUACCAACUUUAUAGGAGCCAACAAUGAAAUGAAAAAAUUAAUCAAGAAUAUCGACAAAAGAAUGGAUAACGGUGAAGCCGCAAAACAGGAGAUACAAUGGACGUUUAAUCCACCUACAGCUUCGCAUUUCGGAGGAGCUUGGGAGAGAUUGAUUAGGAUCAUUAAGGGUUGUUUAAAGGUUUUAUUCAAGUCAUUCCCAACUAAAAACCCUAGCCCGGAUACUUUGAGAUCCGCCCUUAUUCAAGUGUCAGCGAUUUUGAACAAACGUCCAUUGACACAUAUUCCUAUUGAGACAAUCGAGGAUAAGGUAUUGACACCUUUCCACUUCCUCAUUUUAAGAUCUGGAGAAGAAGUACCGCCGCAAGAAUAUAAUUUGACCCAGUACGAUAGAGAGCAUUGGAAACAAGCGCUAAAAGCAUCAACGCAGUUUUGGAAUACCUGGAAGACCCAAUAUGUUGCAACUCUAUGCAAAAGGAAUAAAUGGACGAAAUUGGAAGAUCCCUUGGCGGUAGACGAUAUCGUUUUAAUAACCGAUGAUAAUGCGCCCCCUAAUACUUGGCUAAAAGGAAGAAUAAUAGAAGUAUACCCAGGCGCAGAUAAACAAGUAAGAUCUGUAAAGAUACAAACCGCUAAAGGAGUUCUUACGAGACCUUCAAACAAGGUUGCUUUUCUAGAUGUGAGAAAUAAAGCGGAGGAUAAAAACAAAGCGAGUGUUAUGAUACAUCAUCAAGAACCCGGACCGUUAAACCCGCCAGUUGCCAGCACAUCAUUUUCGAAUUGGGGGAAAAGAAAGCAAAUCGACAUUGAAACAGUUAAAAAAAAGGCCGAAGAGCUCAAUUCACCUCGGCCAUCUAAACGAGCGAACUCCCAUCGAAUAACGACAUCUCCAGGGGCAUUUGCACGAAUGGUAGUGACCGCUUCAGCCUUAUUAUCUUUCACCGAUGCACUUCUGGUAAAGCCGAUUGAGGAUGACGGUUUGAUGUUCGAUCAUCAAGGCACCUGCUUGGUUGAAAGAGGAACAUGGAGAACGAAUAUCGCUACAAAUAUAUCUAUUUCCGAGGAUAUAUACUUCAUUAAAUAUAUCCACCAAAAACUUUUGGACACGUUACAAGCUACAGAGAAUCAUUCAUCUACGAACUCUGCUAGCCAAAUUGCUCGAUCCAUAGAACACGAGUGCGACAAUGCGAUCGACGAAAUACUACGGUCUUCUCGGGUCAAAAGAAGUAAAGGAAUUUUUGGCUUUCUCAAGGAUCUUUUUUUUGGAUCAAACGAUAUCGAAGACACCAUCGAGGCGAUACGUGUAAAUGAGGACACGAAGAUCCACCAUUUGUCCGAGACGAUUGGGAAAAUAAAUGAAAAAACGGCAAACAUGAGCAGCGAUCUGAGUGGCAAGGUGUACUGGGUAUUGAAGGGCGUCGAUACUCUUAAGCAUAAAUAUUCUCAGGUCGAACAAGAAUCACUUCAUAGAAGAAUGCUGGAAGCGGAAAUGCUUGCGAAACAGAUGAUCAGUGAAAUACUAGGAAAAUACAGAAAAAUUCGCUUAUUUCCGCUGACUUCGGAAGAUUUAAAAACAAUCAGAACCAAUAUCACGCGUUCCCUGCCCAAUGGAUAUGAGAUUCUGGACCAUUCAACAGCAAUUCAGUACGAAACCAGAACUUUAAAUGAUACAAUAAUAAUAACAAUGAAGACUACGAUCAUUGCUAAGAAAACGUUCGAAUUGUUCCAUAUAAUACCGAUUCCGCAUCCGAAGGACAAAUCCUUAAUUAUCAUAGACAAUCAUCAUAUCGCAGUAAACGAGCAUGGACGAUAUUUCUACCCGAUGAAGGAACUUACUCUACUUUCUCACCCUAUCGAUGCUGGAUCUGCCGUUUCUGGUCGCACACGCGUCCGUGUGGCCAAAGUUCCUCCCGUAAGACGUUCACCGCACUAUUCGCAUUACGAGGUUCUGCCGUACACCUACGAACCGCCGCCACGUGCUAACUGCGGGCCUUGCUCGCCGCCACGUGCAUAA